AGUUUCAUUCCUUUUGCUGUGGAAGAAACAACACACAAUUUUCCACAAUGGAAAAUAACAUCGUCCCUAUACUCGACCACAGACAUUUCCACAAAUUUCAGUAAAAUAAAAUACACGAAAGAUUAAUUCCAAAAUAAAUAGUUUUACCAUUUUACAAUUUCCAACUGUGACAGGUUUUCAAUUAAAAUAAAACUGUUUGUUUCCAAUUAAGUUUACAUCAUGUGAUAGUGAAGAGGAUUUUGUUGGAAAAUUUUAUGAGACCCUUCAAAGACAUUUUGUGGGAGACAAUUCGUGGAGGAAAAGAGAAUUGUGAAAAAUUGAGAAACUUAUUACUAAUAAAUGUGAAACAUUUUCUUGAAACUUAAUUGAAAAGUCUCUAAGUGAUUGUUGAACUGAUAAAAGUGACAUUGUUUGAUGUUGCAAGGAGUACAACAAAAAAAAUCAUGCCACAUAGACUCCGGUGUAUGUUGAACAACAAGUAAUCUGCAUAAUGACACAGAAUAAUGGUAAUGCCUCCAGCAGUGGUGGCAGUGCGUCUUCAAUGUGUUUAACUCCGGCAGAGGAACACUUAACAGUGGCUGUUCGUAUUCGCCCAUCCAACGAACCCAAUGAGCACAAAUGUGUGCAUGUGACUUCGAAGAAAACCCUUUUAUUUGAUGAUGGAAGCAAAACAAAGCCCAUGAAAUAUAUCUAUGAUCAUGUGUUUGGGGAGGAUUCCAGCCAGGAGGAAGUUUAUAUGAAGACAACAGCUCCCCUUGUAAAAGAUGUCCUCAGUGGGUUAAAUGCCGCGGCAUUUGCAUACGGAGCCACGGGAUCGGGAAAGACACACACUAUGUUGGGUCCAAAUCCCAAGAAAGCCGCAACACCACAAACUGAAACAGCACCAAAGACAGCGGCCGAGCAACAAAAUGAUGGUCUUAUGGUUCGAGCUAUUGCGGAAAUAUUUGAGUUUGUUGAGAAAUCCGAAAACCCUGAAGCUGUUCGUGUGUCUAUCUCAUACCUAGAAAUCUACAAUGAACUCAUUAGGGAUUUACUUCAGCCUGGUGGGCCACUUGAGCUGAGGGAAGAUAAUCGAGGAGCCCGAAUCACCGUGGCAGGAUUAUCUGAGGUGACAACGACUCAUCGGCAUGAGGUGAUAUCCUUGCUGCUAAAAGGAAAUAAAGCCAGGACAAUGGAACCUACGGGAUCCAAUCAAACUUCCUCAAGAAGUCAUGCUCUUUUGAGUGUUACUGUUACGCAAUCUUCGGGACUAGGUACCAAGCAGGGCAGGCUCUUCCUAACAGAUUUGGCGGGCUCAGAGAGAGCCAAGAAAACCAAGAACCGAGGAAAGCGCCUUCAGGAAGGUGCACAUAUCAACCGAAGCCUCUUAGCUUUGGGGAAUUGUAUCAAUGCACUAUCUGGUGGGGCUCGCUAUGUAAACUACAGAGACUCCAAACUAACUAGGCUCCUGAAAGAAGCCCUCAGUGGUCAUUGUCGAACAGUCAUGAUCGCACAUGUUGCCCCAGAGAAUCGUCAUCGAGAUGAAACCAAGAAUACCCUGGUUUAUGCCAAUCGAGCCAAUAACAUAACGACUCGAAUGCAGAAUCCAGAAUUACUGAUGGAAGAAACCCGCGAAUUCCCAACGACUCACUAUCAGAAUUUGGUGACAGAAUUGAGAGAGGAGGUCAAUCGCCUCAAAGCCAAGAUGCUAACAGAAAGACCCCGCAGCGGGGCUGCUUUGAAAAUUGAUCCCAAUGACGAGAAAAGAAGGGCGGAAUUGCGCUUCCUGAGAGAACAAAUUGUUCUCACAUUCAAGCAACAGAUGAAACUCCGAAGGCGCCUCUUGGAAGCAGAGAGUCAUGUGAUGGGCUUGGAAUUGGACGCUGAGCGACAGCACAUGAUAAUAUCUCACUGGCAAGGACGGUUGGGGAAAUUGUAUGAUGCCCAGAAUGAUAAUGCAGAAUCUGAAUCUGAAGGGAGUACAGCUAUUCGGUCAGCUUGGAAUGAAUUGGCUGCAAUUGAGCGUGAAAUGAAGAGAUAUAAGGAUAUUGUUUUGGCCACUGAGCAAGAUUUGGAAUUGUGUAGGCAGAAGGGUGUUGCACUGGAGGAUGAGCUUCCAGAGCGAAUUAGUAGCGAUGAGGAACGUGAACUUCUCGGUCUAUUGUGCCGUGUUCAUGAGUUGGAAGCUGACAAGGUGUCACUCCAAGCUGAACGAUUAGCACGUCAGAGUGAGCUGAGGCGUCGAGAUCUACAAUUACUGAGGGCUGAGCGACAGAGACGUCUCUGUGAGGACAUUAUUAGCACGCAAAGACGCCUCAUUGAGGAGGGAAAAUUGGAACUUCCGCCGGAACUCAAGGACAUGUAUGCGCUCUAUCAGCAAGAAAUCCACGCAAGCACUUAUACCAGCGGGUCUGGUUCUGGGGCUACUCCAUCCACAGCUGCUAGCUACGACAGAAAACUACCCCCAAUCUACAAACGUCAUACUCCUCCAAGCUCCAGUUCUGGCUCUGACUGGUCACCAUCACCUCACUCAGCCAAUCGGCCCAGUGACCCAACGGCUGAUGGACCAGACGGAUUCAUGGGACCUCCAGUGGGACCUAAAUUACCCCUCAUCUCUGCACGAACUCGCACUCUCCGCGAAAACCGGAGUGGAGAUCAUCAAAGUACAUCGAGUGAGGAUUAAAGUGCCUCCACAUGUGAUUUACCGGACAAGAGAAGCAGCAGAAAAUUACGGAUGAAUUUAGCUUUGCGUGAUAAUUUCUCAUUUAAGUCUACACCAUCCAUUCUACUUGUGAAAAAGCUUGUGUUUCUGCUGAGUCUCGAUGACACUACGCCGCAGGCUUCUUUCACGGACGCGUAAAAUGUGUUAAGGAACUGUUUGUCGAAAAAUUCUUCUCCAUUCUUGCGAUGGAAAACAGAAAAGUUUCUGUAUCUUGAUGUGAAAGUAAGUAGCAAACAUCUGCGAUGUAGGCAAAAAUAAACACAAGGAAACAUUGAGUAAGGAGGACAGUCAAGUGGGAGUUAAUGGGGAGACCAGAGAGAAAACUAAUCAAUUGAUUAUUAAUUCAAUUGGGAAAGGCCCACUGUGGCUGAAACAAUUGUAUCGGAUCAUCCCCCCAAAAAUGAACUCAUUCAUGGCCGAUGGGGGCAUUUCUUGCGUGUUAAACACGAGCGUCACCACCAUCCAAACCUCAUAAACAUUGCGACAAAUGUAGCACUUCUGGAAGGGAAGAAAUUUGGCUCCAUUAAUGACACUAUACAAAUUCCAAACCACGUGGCAAUACUCAUAGAUAAUUUCUCCCUCAGCAGCUCUCCACAUGUUUUCUGCUCACACUUUUCCGCAAUUAAACACUUAAUUGAAAAAUUUUAUUAUAUCCUUAUGACAUUUAUUGCUCAGCUUCUUUUGCUACUAGGUAUAAAAUAUGUACUAAUUGUAAAAACUUGAUAAAGCAAUUUUUUUUAUGUAUUGUAACUCCUCACACUCCACUUUUUCUAUCUUUUUUUUUUAGUAAAAAUUUAUGUAUAUAUAGAUUACUGGUUAGGCUAUUGAAAAUGUUACUCUCUGAAUUAUAUUCUGUUAUCUUUACUAUACGAUAGUUUGAAUUUGUUGCUCUGUUAGGAUUAUUUUCAGAAAAUAAAUUAUAUAUUUAACACUGUUGUUCAGCAUUUUACAAUAUAACAUAUAUUUACUACACAGAUAAGUAAAAAUUUGUAAAAUAUACUGCAAAAUUAUCAGUAGAACCAAUUCUAUUUCUAUUUAUGAUAUUUUGUAUUUGUAAACAAGGAUUUGAAUGUAAUGGCGUACGCACAAUAACUUCUGUUUUGUAAACAUGUUUUUGACAUUUCAGUGAGAGUGAAAGAGAUCUGAUCUAGUCAUCUCGCUCACUCUAAUAAGCUGUUUCGAAAACAUGUUUGCAAAACAAAAGUUUAUUUGAAAAUAUGUUUUCAAAAUUUCCAAUGAGAACGAAUGAAAUAUAAAUCUAGUCAUCUCGCUCUCUUAUAGGAAAUUUUGAAAACAUGUUUACAAACAAAAACUUAUGGAGCUACGGGCAAAAAGUCAUAUUAUUUCUGUUUUAUAAAUAUGUUUUUGAAACUAUGAUCGAGACGGUAAUACCCAGCGCACAAUAACUUUUGUUUGUAAACAUGUUUUCAAAAUUUCCUAUGAGAGAGAGCGAGAUGACUACAUCUAGAUCUUACUCACUCUCAUUGAAAUGUCAAAAACAUGUUUACUAAACAAAAGUGAUUGUGCGUUGGGCAUAAGAAAUAAAUUUACAAAUUAUAAACAUUCAGACGUAAUUUUGAAAACAUCCCAAAAAAACAAAAAUUAUUGUGUAUCGCUAUAAAGCGAUAUGUACAGAGCAUUUUUGUUCAAAAAGCAUAUGCUCCAUUCCAUUCAUUUGCUUAAAAGUUCUAGCAAAUUACUUGUUUAUUUACGACAAGAAUAAUUCAAAUAGUGUUCGCUCGUUCGCUCUCAAAUUAUUAUGGAAGAACGUGAGUGAAGCAAAACAUUUUUAUAUGGAAAUGCUCUGUACGAUAUCCAAAAUUCUUUAAGUUCCACAACACCUUUCUUUGAAUUGCAAAGAUAAUUCGAAACCAUUCUAAAAAUUCAAGGCGAAAAGAAUUAGCAAUAACCUCCUUAGUUUCCAUUUCCGACCAAUUUUGUGUAUAUAAAAUUUUUCAAAAAAUCAUAAAAUUCUAAUCACAGAAACGUAACUUAACCUAUAAAUUUUUAAAUGCAUCAAACAACUAUUCUGUCAUUUUAAACUAUACGAUAACUUUAAGUCCCUUUAAAAUUUUUAGUUGAGAUUCUUCACAAUCUUACUUUCGUUUAGUGCGAAACAAUAUUUCUGAAAUUGUCGGUUUUAUGGCAUUGUAAAGUUUAUCGUCAAUUUUAUGGUCUAGUAAAUAGAAUCCUGAAAAUUAUAGUGACAUGUGGUAACCAUUUAGUACAGGAAUACAUAAAAAAAUUUCCAAGAUAUAUACUAAAAAAAAGCACAUAAAAGAGUUUUAAUAUGAUUCUAGGAGUAAAUGUACUGUCCCAAAUUGCUUUAUUUGCAUUGGUGGAGAUUUUUUUUUAAAAAACCAUAUGAAAUAAUCUAUUUAGUAAAUAUCCAAUUGAUUAAUAAAAGCCAAAGGGCAUUUCAUUGGUAAGCCGGAAAUGCAAAUAUUGACAUAUUAUGAUUAUCUUAAUUAAUAUGCAUUUGAAUUCAAAUAUUUAUAAUUCAAUCUGUGUUACACACACAAAUUGAAAUUAUUUAUCAAUUUAAAUGAAUAUUUAUAAAUUGAAUUACUAUAAAAGGAAAUGAAUCAAACUUUUUUUUUGUCAACAAAUUAGGGAAAGCUGGUAUAGAUUUCAACUAUUAUGGAAAGUGCGAUAAUUGCACUUAGGAUUGGACUCGUAAGUAAUACCUUAGACACACUUACGACUUAAGCCAAGAGACGGCUUAUCGUAUUGAUAAACAAAAUAAUGAUUUGCCUAAAUUCCUAUCAGUUUCCCACUAACUAAGCUGUUUCUUAGAUUAAGCCAAGAGACAGAUUAGUCAAAAAUUGAUGGAAAUAUAACUUGAAAUCUUAUCAUUAUCUUGAUAAUAAUUAUUACGUUAAGUCGUCACACGGCUUAAGUCAUAAGUGUGCCUAAGGUAUUACGAGUCUAGUCUUAAGUGCAAUUAUUUGUUAAAGUUUGAAUUUAGCGCUACGUCUUCUAUUUGUUGAUGAACCAAAACCUAGAUAUGAACCAAGGGAUAGAUAACUGUGCCGCUCACGGCUCACGACACAUCUGCAAAUUGUGUCGAUUUUCCGAUUUCGCACGCAUUUCAUCGAUCUCGUGCCGAUCUGUCGAUUUCGUACCGGUCUGCCGAGUAAGUCUAGAAGAUUAGCGUUUCCAGUACAGUACAUUAAAUUUUAUCACUAGAAUUGUCUGUAGGAAAUUUAGGAUAUUACACGAGUUUAAACAAACGCUUUACUUCAUUUAAGUUUAGUGAUUCUACGCUAAACUUGUGCCGAUGUACCGAUUUUUCUUAAUUAACACGCCGAUCUGUCGAUUUCAGGCCAAUUGUGCAGAACUGUUAAAUUCUUAGCAAAAUAGUGCCGAUUUGGCGAUUUUUAUCUCCAUAUCGGCACAAGUUUGCCGAUCGCCGCUCACGAUGCACACUGUGACCCACUUAUUCACCCCUUGGGUAUGAAUUCUGACAUGGUGUGUUUAUCACAUGAUAAAUUCACCGGUCUGAGAUCGAUUUUUCUAAGUGUUUCAAGAAGCUUUCACAGAAAUUAUCAUGCAAAUUCUAAGAUACCAUGAGUGUUUCACAUGAUACUUUAUGUGAAAACUUCACGAAGUACUCGUAAAAGGCGAUCUAAGAUCUGUGAAUUUCUCACUUGAAUAACUCAUAAAUUUCAGAAUUCACCUCCUAGUCUAAUCCUCCCACUUUGAAUAUCGAAAACCUUCAUUAACAAUAGUACAGUAUGAAAAGUUCACUGCGUACGCACCAGGCCUACGUUCUCCUAUACGUCUCGUCUAUUGAAAAAUUCCAGUGUUCGAAGCUGCCCCUAACAGUGUACGAACCUACCCCAAUUACCCCCUAAUGAAACCCAAGUUAAGUUUCUAUGAUUAGAAUAUCACAUAACAAAAUUGCAUUGAAAUGAAUCUUUUAUGCUACAAUUUUUAACCUUGAUUUUCCAUUGGUUACCUUUUUAGAUUAGGAACAACUUCUUGUCCAAAUUAGUGUAUCUUCAGCAAUAGAUUUUCCUCAAUUUUACAAAUUACUAGAAAUAUUGAUCCAAUUUAAAAUUCAACAAGAUCAUUCUGACAAAUUUUCGCAAAAAUAUAAUUGACAAACUUUUACAAUACAACUUUUUCUGUGUAGAUUACUUCAUUAAUUGAAAAAUGUUAAAAUUUGUAUAAGGAUCUAAUUAGAAGUCUAAGUAGAGUUCCUUGUAAAUCAAUUAGUAUUUUUUCCCCUAAAACAUUCUACCCUCCAAACAUAAAUUGCUGUAUUGAAGAAAAAGAGAAGCUCCCUCUCUGUCGGUUUUGUGGACAUUAUAUUAAUUAAAUUACCUCCCUCUGUUUUUUCCCCAUUCCUCCCCAUCCAAUUGAAAAUGUCUAUAUAGAAUAAAUGAUAAGUAUUUAUCUAAAUACAAUUCUUUAUAGAAUAAUACAGUCUAGUAUUAUGUAGAAAAUAUAUAUAGUGAAUAAAAUUGAAUAAUAAUACA